AUGCCGCCUCCAUCUCCCUGCGUCGAUGUUGAAGUGGACGUCGUCGGGGGUGGACCGUUAGAGGUGAGGGUGGCUGCUGCCGUUCUGGAGUUGCUGGGAGAUGACGACGAAAAUGGUGAUGAGGACGUAGAGGGCGAAGAGGGCGAAAAGGACGAAGGGGGCGAAAAGGACGAAGGGGGCGAAAAGGACGAAGGGGGCGAAAAGGACGAAGGGGGCGAAAAGGACGAAGAGGACGAGGUGAAACUUGAUGUUGCGGUCGUUGAAAGCAGGUCCUGA